GAGAGGGAGCCCCGCUCCCCCCGAGGCGGGGCCGGCCGCGGCCCCGCUGCGUCAGAGCUGUGCAAACACCGCCGCCGCUAUUUAAGGGGCCGCGGCGGAGCAGCCCCCGACAUCCCGCUUGGGCGCACGCCGGUCUCCCGCGGUCCUCAUCGCUCCGGCCUCGGGGAAAGAAGGAAAGGAGGAAGCGAUGUACGGCGGGAUCUGCAUCUGCGUGCUCCUCGCCGCGCUGUCGGUGAGCUCCCUCGGCCAGCAGCCCGCGGGCUCACACGAUGGCAGCCCGCUGGCUGCUGAGCUCCAGCAGAGCCUGACAGAAGCCCACCGGCAUUCCCGCUCACCCUCCUCGGCGGGGCCGCUGAAGCCCGCACCGCGGCUGGAUGGCAGCUUGGAGCAGAGGGCGACUAUCGGAGCGCUGCUGGCCAAGUACCUGCAGCAAGCCCGGAAAGGUUCCACUGGGAGGUUCUCUGUCUUAGGAAACAGGGUACAGAGCAUUGAUCCCACGCACAGGAUAAAUGACAGAGACUACAUGGGCUGGAUGGAUUUUGGACGCCGCAGUGCUGAAGAAUACGAGUACUCCUCCUAAAGAACAGCAAACGAUAGCAACAGGAAAGAAAUCACACUCCCAUGUCUGUACAGAACGAGAAAAAUUAAUUUGUUGUCCUCUUCGAAUCAGUGUUUUAAACUAUAUCAUGUAUUUGAUGUAAAUUUGUCUGUAAGACAAUGCAAUAUAUUACAUAUGCAGAAUUUUCCAGGAAAAAUGUUUUCUUUCUUUUGUGGUUUCUCAUACACCGAUAUUCUAUUAAAAUGGUUUCACUUACCCCUUCUUGUCCUGUCGCUGGGUAUCUUACUACACAGAGAGGCAGGAGAGCACCUUUAUUCUGCAAUGCAGUAUAUCCAGGUGUUGCAUACUCAGACAAGCCAGCCACUUUUUAGGGAUAUCUUGUGACACUCUGAGGAGAAUUUGUCCAAAUACCAACACAGCAGCUGCCAGAAAAGGCCUGCUAUCCUCACAGUGACCCCAGCUGUGCAGAGCUGAGUGGUUGUAGUCUGUACCCAGCAGGGCUAAAGGGAGAAGGAAAAGAGGAAUGACACCAACGUGUCUCCCCUCUCCUCUUAUGAAGUAAAUGUGGAAGUUCUGCUGAUGGCUGUGGAUCAUGGAAUAAAGAGAA